AUCUGAUGAACUUCAGUGAGAAGUGAAAUUUUGUUCGAUAAGGUCAAAAAGUAGGUACUUGACGCAAUCUGUAAUGAUAAGAUUGCAACGGAAGAUCUCCCAAGUAUUUUUCAGAACGUUAAUAUGUCAUAACAUACAAUUUAAUCAGCGAUGCCCACUUAUUGAUUAGAUUAGGCACGUUAUAAGAAGUUAAGGGUAAUUUGUUAUUGGUACAUAUCUAAGCUCCCAUAUUCACAAGUUGAAGAUGAAAUGCCUAGUACUGCUAUUGAUUUUCCUUCACUUAACAAAAACGCAAUUAUUUGAUUUUAGAAGCACUGAUUCUGUCUGGACUUGGACAUGCAAGAAUAAUACCUGCCAGAAGGAUCGUGUUCAACCAGCAGGUAAACCUCUCAGUUUGGCGGCAUGCAAAAUAUUAUGCGACCCUUAUGGAGGGUUAUGGCCAAAACCCACAGGUCGGGUAGAGAUCGGCAAACGCUUAAUCCCCAUUGUCAAGGGAAAGCUAGAUAAAAAUACGAAAAAUAAAUUAGUGCGAGCCGCCUAUAGAAAUUUUUGGAAUAAUUUGCAAAAACUGGGAAAACUUGGGCAUUUAAAAGAGAAUGUCUCAAAGUUAAUUGUUUCAGUAUACAUCACGGAUCCUAGUCAAAACCAACUUAAGUUGAGUACCGAUGAAAGUUAUAGUUUGAAAAUAUCGAAACUAUCGUCUCGCGAUAUUAGUGCAAAUAUUACCGCAGCGACUUACUUUGGGGCACGGCACGGAUUUGAAACGCUGGGUCAGUUGAUAAUUUAUGACGAUUUUGAGAACAGUCUCAAAAUUAUUAGUGAUGCAAAUAUAACGGACGGACCUGCGUAUCCAUACCGGGGAGUCAUGUUAGAUACGGCGCGCAAUUUCAUUUCAGUCGAGACAAUUAAGCGUACGAUAGACGGACUCGCAGCCUCCAAAUUGAACACUUUCCAUUGGCACCUUACCGACAGUCAAAGCUUUCCGUUUGUUUCCAAGUCAAAUCCAAGCUUGUCUAAACUGGGCGCAUACUCUCCUAAAGACGUCUACGCCCCCAAAGACGUGGCGGAUAUUGUGGAAUACGCCCUCGAGCGUGGUGUAAGGGUACUACCUGAAUUUGACGCACCUGCACAUGUCGGUGAGGGGUGGCAGGACACCGACUUCGUCGCUUGUUUUAAUCACCAACCUUGGAGGGAAAAGUGUGCGGAACCACCUUGUGGGCAAUUUGAUCCGACGAAACCAAAACUGUAUGAUGCUUUAGAAGGUUUAUACAAGGAUAUAAGUCAACAAUAUAAUCUGGACAUGUUUCAUAUGGGAGGUGAUGAAGUCUCUGUAGCUUGUUGGAAUUCUACGCCUAGUAUUGUUGAAUGGAUGGGAAAACAGGGGUGGGGUAGAAGCGAAGAUGACUUCAUCAAGUUAUGGAGUUAUUUCCAAAGUAAUGCAUUGGAAAGGUUCGAUAGGCAUUCCCACGAAAAGUUGCCCAUCAUAAUGUGGACAAGUGCAUUAACCAGUUCGAAGCACGUGGAGCAGUUUCUGCCUAAGGAUAGAUACAUUAUUCAAGUAUGGACAUCUAAGACCGAUCCGCACGUUACUCACUUGCUGAGAAAAGGAUACAGAAUGAUACUGAGCAACAGCGAUGCCUUAUAUUUAGACUGUGGCUAUUCCGGUUGGGUGACUGGUGGUAAUAAUUGGUGUAGUCCAUAUAAAGGAUGGCAACAGAUAUACGAUAACAGUCCAGCGCUGUACGGAAAGACCAAUCAAUUUUUGGGUGGCGAAGCAGCUCUAUGGACCGAACAAGUUGACGAUACUGCGGUUGAUAGUCGCAUAUGGCCACGAGCGGCAGCUUUAGCGGAACGUCUCUGGGCAGAACCUGCUAAUUCAUGGAGAGCCGCAGAAAAUCGCAUGUUAACCCACCGCGAAAGAUUAGUUAAUCGCGGUAUUAAAGCAGACGCUUUAGAACCUCGCUGGUGUCGGCAACAUGAAAAUAAUUGCCCGUUGUAAUUUAAUGCUAAUUAUAUUUUAAUUUUUUUAUA